AUGUCGACCAUGGUUCCUGCCGAAGGGACCAGGGCGCCCGGGACGCCGCGCGUCGCGCCGGCGCGGCCGCUGUACGAGACGCCGGCCACGGACAAAAAGCUCGCCCCCGUCGGGUCCAUGUCUUCCGCGGUUCGGCGCGUCGAGGCCUCCAAGGCGGGGCGCGCCGGCGAGGACGCUCAGGCCACGCCGCUCGCCUUCUCGACGACGCUCCUACAAGACGCGGAGGCGGCGUGCAACGACCGGAACGAGAGGACGUUCGCGGAGCUCACGCGAUUCUGCGAGCUCCUGACCAACGCGGAGGCCUCCGUCAAGGGGCUGCGCAUGGCCACGGACCACCUCGUGUCGCAGACGCUCCUCUCCUCGCUCGAGGAACCCGUGCCCUGCUCCUUCGACGACCACUUCGACAUCUGCGACACCACCAUCCCUCUCGGCCAAGGGAUCGACCGGGACGCGGUCCAGGGGCUCAAGGAGCGCUACAUGAGCGCGGUGGACGGCGACGUGCUCGCGAGCAUGCAGGGGUGGCGUCUGGGGUACAUGACGGCGCAGCGCACCAUGAACGCGCUCAAGGACAGGCUGGACCGCGUGCACGACCGCGCGGAGAAGCUGAGCCGGGCGUACGAGAAGCUCAACCCCAAGGUCGACAAGCUCGAGCACAACACGCACGUCGAGGUCCAGCCGUCGCCCGCCAGCGGCACGCCCGCCGCGCAGCACGCCCUGGGCCGCAUCCUGUGCCUCGGGAUGGGGCCCGCCGCCGAAGUGGAGUCGGGGGCGAAGUCCGAGCCCGCCGGCAGGGCUCCCUCGCACGUGCACAGAACGCCGGCCCCGCACCUCGACGCGCAGGGGCGCCGCAAGCUGGACGCCCUGGAGAAGCUUGACCACACCCGCCAGGGCAAGGAGGCGGGUCUGUCUGCGGCGCUGGGGGAGUUUCUGUCUCUCGAGGCGGAGGCGCACAGCGUGCUAAAUGGCCUGGCGCACGACGCGACGUCGCUCAAGGCGCUCCUGGUGACCGUGCUGGACCUGGAGCGCGACCUGCUGACCGGCGUCAUCGAGGCCAUGGGCGAGAGAGCGGUGCCGAUGUGCGUUGCGGUCCCGCCCAGCACGGAGGAGCGCGAGGCACAGAAGGCCGCCCUGGAGCACAGUGGCAAGGCCCUGGGGGGGGUCUUGGAGCCGCUGCGCAAGGCGAUCCCCGGCCUGCGGCACAAGGCGCCGAAGCCGCCCUCCGAGCACGCGUCCGAGCCGCGCACGGGCUCCAAAGAGAAGGUCCAGGUCCAGAUGAGGCGCCUGAGCGGCGAGGGCGCGUCGCCCGAAACGCCGCGCGAGAACCUCGAGGGCAAGCUUGACGAGGCGGGGGGGAGUGCGGAGAGUGCCCCGGGGGUGUCGAUGCCGGUGUCGCGGAGCCCCCCGGCGGAGUGA